AAGAUGGCACAUGCGAUACAUUUAAAGAACAACAAAUACCGACAGUGGGUUAAGGCAGGCCUAGGCUUGGGUUAUCUUAAAGAGGGACUUGCACCAUUUUGUGAUGACAUAGGAAAACAGCAGCACAACGAUAUUAUAAACCAAAUACAACAAACAAAGACUCCUCAACCAAAUGUACCAUGCAGCACCUGUCAGAUAACAACUCUCCAGCCAGAUCAUGUCCGAGUCUCAAAAGGGAUAUGUCCACUCAAACAAGAUAAAUGUAACUGUUGUUUUACAAAUAAUAAGAAACCCUGUCCAAACAAUGUAUGUGGCGCAAUCUAUGACAGCAUUAUACAGUAUCAUGCAUCAAUACCACCUGCACCUUUUUGGAAAAACAGUGAUGUCCAACAGUGGUCAACAGAACCGUGGCAGGUUUGCAAAUGUUUUAUAAAUGCUCCUGGGUACAAGGACAAGAUAUCAGCAGACGACACUGAUUGUACUGGGUUGAUUCAUGUUAUCAUAAAUAACAAGUACUUUCAUAGUCAUAUUGGAUGCAAUGUUACCGGACCAAACAAUCUUUUUUCAAAGGUACGUCUGUAUCGAAAUGAAAUCUUUCACUCAAGCAAUAUGGAAUUAGAGGAGAGCAAGGCUAAUUCAUAUAUUGAUGAUAUGAUAGUUGUUCUACAAGAUAGUAAGGAACUUGUACAUCGACAAGAUGCACAACAAGCUGUCGGGAAACUUCAAGAUCUGAAGAAAAAGGGCUUCAUUAUUACUACUGAAGACUUUGAAGAUAUUCUGAGGCAAAUCAAAGAUGAAAUGGCAAAAGUUUUAAAAUCAACAGAAAAUGCUGCAACUAAGUCUGAAGAAGAAUAUGAGGACCUGAAAAAUAGAUUAACUGAACUUAAAGCACAGAUGUCGGAAGCUGAGAAAAAACAUUUAGAACUGAAAAGGAAAUUUACUGUUCUUGAGACAGAGCAAAAAGAGGAGAUAAAAAGACUCAUGGUAGAAGAUUCUCCUCAACAAAAUCAAUUAGAAUAUGAAAAGGUGAAAUCAGGUAUGUUCUAUAGAAUAUGAAAAGGCUAAUCAGGUAUGUUAGAUAGAAUAUGAAAAGGCUAUAUCAGGUAUGUUAUAUAGAAUAUGAAAAGGCUAAUCAGGUAUGUUAUAUAGAAUAUGAAAAGGCUAAAUCAGGUAUGUUAUAUAGAAUAUGAAAAGGCU